AUGUCUGGAAUGAUAACAAUUAUUUUACUUUCUUCGUUGUUGAAUGUUUCAAACUCGCUCUUCAAUUUGAUUGGAAGAGAUCAAUAUGUUACUGUGACUGGAACUUUGAUUUGUAAUGAUCAACCAGCAAGUGAUGUAUUAGUUAAGUUAUACGAAGAUGGAACAAGUUAGUUUUUUUUUUUAUUGAACAUUUCUGGAAAAAAAUGUUUUUCCAAUUCCAGUUUUCGAUACAAAACUCGAUUCUUCUCGAUCAAAUUACGGAGGACAAUUUCAAGUCUCAGGAACUUAUACAAAAAUAUUCACAAUGGACCCAAAAAUCAAUAUUUAUCACAAAUGCAAUUAUGAUGGUUUUUGCGAUAGAAAAUUGACAAUUGAUAUUCCUGACAAUGCGAUUACUGAUGGCUCUUCUGGAUGGGAUAGAAGUUUCGAUAUUGGAACUAUCAAUUUGGCUGAUAAGUUUCAUGGCGAAACUACUGAUUGUAUACAUUAG